AUGUCUUUUAACGCCAACCAGUGGCAAAGCAAGCUCGCCGAUGCUUGCCGGAACUAUCAGAUGCCUCUUCCUCAAUAUCACGUUGUUUCAGACCGGAGAGGCGGCCGUACUGCUUGGUCUUGCCGUGUGGAAGUAGGCGGAGAGCUCAUCGACGCCAGGUUCUGGUUCGACGGCAAGAACCUCGAAAAUGCCAAGGAGGAUGCCGCUGAAGUGGCCCUGAACCGCCUCAACAGCACGAGAUCGCCAUCAUCGGCAACUAGCCGGAGUAGCAUCUGGUGA